AUGUCGCUAUUUACUGCCCAAGUCCGCCCUGGACAAGCUCUAGGCUUCUUGGUCCUCGGCGCUACCCUUCAUGAUAUCCUCACACGGCUGAAAGCCGAACCACAACGUUUCCCUAAGCUCGAUUUGGUAUAUGAACUCACGUCGCCCGUCAAGGAACCUGUUAUCCUUAGCCUCCCAACAAACGGCAUCCGUUUACGAUUUGAUGGGCCGGAGCAGCGCUUGCGCCUUAUCGAAGUUUUGGACUUCACUAAAAGCCAUCUCACAUACAAUGAUAGAGAUGUCUUGCGCCCGGUAACCACUGCCCAAGCGUCCUCUGCAACUUCCCCAAUACCAAGCCAGAGCGGCCCUACGUAUCGCCAUAUUUACAAAAACCUGCUAGGGCCUACUUUCCCGGGUGAGUACAUACAACCCGACGCCGAUGAUGACACGGCCGCGGCACUCUAUGUCCUUUCAUACCCCGGACUUGCGUUCUCCUUUCCAAUCGAAUCUUCACUUUGGUCGACAGGGAAGGAUGCGGUUUCGCUACUAUCAUCAUCUACUAGCCCCCCAGCAGGUUCCAUGGCCAUCUUUUCUGGAGAUUCAUGGGUAGAUGCUCGGGAGCGUUUGUUUACCCAGACCAUAGACCCUUCGGAUAAAUUUGGGGCAAUUUUGAAGGGAAAGGACUCUGUGCCAGCUGAGGUGCGGCUGGUGAAGAUAUAUGGAGGAGGUCGACUGGAACUUGUGCGCUCGCGAAAUCAUAAUCCAUUCUGGAUUAAGCUAGGCCAUACAUCGCCGCAAGAGCUCGUUGCCGAGCUAGGUCCUCCAGAUGCGAUAUAUCGGAAAAGCGACCAAAGAAUGUCUAUCCAUAAAGCUCGUCAAGGGGCCGGAGUCAAUAGGUUAGACCCGAACGACAUAAGACUCCAUGAUGACUCCACCGAUACAGAUCAAUCGUCGGCACAUACUGCUACUGAUGACUCGGACGAUGAUAACGGGGAGGGGGAAGUCGCUGGGAAUGUAUCUGGAGAAUGCUUUUAUAACUACUUCUAUCACGGCAUCGACGUGCUAAUGUCGACGCCAACCACACCAUCACAAUGUCCCCCGUCGCAGGAUUCGACGACCCAAGAUGGCAAUCCAGAGGUCAUUGUUCUCACCGAUGCAUCGACAUGCCUAGUUGCAUCAAAAUUAAUUCUCCAUGGCAAUGUGCCGGGCUCAUAUCCGUUCAAUCGGCAUUGCCGGUGUCGAUGGGAAAUUCAGUAUUUGUCACACACAAGUGGCGAAGAUGUCGUCAACUCCGAGACUCCCUUUAUGGAUAUCGAGAGUAGAUUACAUGAGGAUUGGAAGAGCAUUUACAAGAAUGCGGAGGAAGCCAAAGCACGCCAGCGUGGCAUGGUCUUAAAUCGUGACUGGGGAGACAGUCCGGGUAGCAGCUGCGAGUUAUUAGGAGGAUGGGAGGACAGCGUUGGUGGGGGGAGGCUGGAUGCUAUAGGUGCUGGCAUAGAGGAUGUCAAGGGCCUGGGUAAUACAACCCUUUUCGGAUUUCCGGGGCUGGUGUUUGAGGUGUUGAAGAAUGGGGUUGUCAGCAGUGUUACGGUCUUUUGA